AGCACUGCUGGGCUGCACUGGUGGGUGGCACUGGUGGGCAGCACUGGUGGGUGGGCACAGGUGGGUGGCACUGGUGGGCACAGGUGGGUGGGCACAGGUGGGUGGCACUGCUGGGCACAGGUAGGUGGCAAUUCUGGGCACAGGUGUGUGACACUGCAGAGUGGCACAGGUGGGUGCACUGCUGGGCACAGGUGGGUACAUUGCUGGGCACCGGUGGGCGGAGCUAGUGGGUGCACUGCUGGGCACAGGUGGGCGGAACUUGUGGGUGGCACUGCUGGGCACCGAUCAUCAGGGCACUGAUCAUCACAUGUCAUUGGACACCGCUGAUCACGUGGUAAAAGGCCGGU